CAAGGCAGCCAAGUUUCCGGAAGAGUAACUAGUUCGCGAUUAAUGGACAAGGAAGAGAUAUUUGUUUAGGUUUAGUCCGAGAACACACAUACGUGUCUUUUGUCAAGUAGUCAGGCUCUUUAUUUAAAUCGUUACGAUGCCUUUAUUUGCCCAGAACCCAUUUGAUCAAGAUGUUGAGAAGGCAACCAAUGAAAACAACACAACAGAUGACUGGGGACUCAUUAUGGACAUCUGUGACAAGAUUGGAACAACAACCAAUGGACCAAAGGACAGCUUGAGAUCCAUUAUGAAGAGAGUCAACCACAAAGUGCCUCAUGUCGCCAUGCAGGCCCUCAACUUGCUGGGUGCCUGUGUGUCAAACUGUGGCAAAAUAUUCCACUUGGAAAUCUGCUCCAGGGAAUUUGCCAGUGAAGUACGGAGUGUGCUGAGCAAAGCCCACCCUAAGGUGUGUGAAAAGCUCAAGGCUCUGAUGGUGGAGUGGGCAGAAGACUUCCAGAAGGACCCACAGCUCAGUCUGAUCGGUGCCACCAUCAAGUCUCUGAAAGACGAGGGCAUCAGCUUCCCCUCUGCAUCCUCACUGGGGUCCUCCACGAAGGUCAGCACACCUGCUGCGGGCAAAGCAUCAGAUGAUGACAACCUGGCCAAAGCCAUCGAGCUGUCCUUGCAGGAGCAGAAGCAGCAGGCGGAGACACGGCCCCUGACUGUGUCUUCUGACCCCCCAAACUGCACCAACGGUAGUGGGGGGCAAGAGGCCCGGAAGGUGCGUGCGCUGUACGAUUUUGAAGCAGCUGAAGAUAAUGAGCUGACCUUCAAAACUGGAGAACUUAUUCUGGUUUUGGAUGACAGCGAUCCAAACUGGUGGAAAGGAGAGAACCACAGAGGAGUGGGGCUUUUCCCCUCCAACUUUGUCACAACCAAUCUGAAUGCUGAGCCAGAGACAGUGGCUUAUGUUGAAAUGACAGCCAGUCCUGAAGAGACAACUCUGGAAACCAAAGUCGAGCCUGAGCCCGUCUUCAUUGACGAGGGGAAGAUGGACAGAACACUGGCACUACUGCAGAAUGCAGAUCCUGCAGAUCCGGCUCCAGACUCCCUAGAGCUGAUCCAGCUGGAGGGUGCAUGUGAACAGAUGAACCCGCUGAUUGAUGAGAAGCUACAGGAGAUUGACAGGAAACACUCAGAGUGGUCAGAGUUGAAUGUGAAAGUUCUGGAGGCCCUGGAGCUUUACAACAAGCUCAUGAACGAGGCUCCGUUCUACUCUGCCUACUCCAAGAUGCAGGCGCAGUACGCACCAACCGGCAACCAAGCUGUAGCCAUGCAGGGCUACCUUGGCCCGGCCGGCCCUACCUACAUGCCUCCUGCAAUGCCCCAGGGUCCUCCUGCGCAGCCCUACGCUCUGCCCACCGACCAGCCCGGACCACUGCACUCACUGCCCCCCAACGUCUCAGCCCCACCCAACGGCCAAGCUGUUCAGCCUCCCUACAUGAGCAGUGGUAUGAAUGCUCAGUACAUGAACCAAGCUGCUGGAGCUCCUUACCCACCCCAUGCGGGCGUGGCCAUGGACAUGUCGACCUAUCACAACUCCAGCAUGGCUCCUGUGUCCUAUCCUGUGGCUGCUCCUCCUCACCAGGCUCCUCAUCAGCAGCAGCAGCAGCAGGCAGCAUAUUAUCAGCAGCCUCUGCUGUAAAACUCCAACUGACAGCAGACCUAAAAUUAAUACAUACUCCAGAUAUUUCAGUUUCCAGUGGUGUGUUCGUUAGGCUUACCUCGUGUGACUGUGUGUGUGACUGUGUGUGUGACUGUGUGUGUGACUGUGUGUGUGGCAAUUGCUUUGGGAACAUUCCUUUAGCCAUUUUUGUGCCUGAGCUGAAUUGAACACACCUCACAAAAGUUGAAACAACUGAGGUGUGUAUCUGAUGCAGGUCUGUUGUUCACUGAGUCAGGACUCUCUCUGUGUGCAUGUCCUCAGCUUCUGUAUGUGAGGCUUAACAUGGUGUCAGGAGUUUUCUCCUGUCCGUCACUUCUUUUUCCUGGCAGACAGUAAAUGCGGCGCUGGUCUUCAUAAACGUUGCAGGUCAACACAGAAGAAAAGUUAGGUUUGCUCACCAUUACCACGGCCAUGUAAUGAGCAGUCGUUGCCUAAUUCUGAAGAAAUUUUACAAUCCACAGUUCAACUCAACGCUACUCCCACACAAUGCUAUUUCUGAAUUGACCCCCUUCAAAGAACAUCUUCUAAGGUGGUAACAGAGGCUCGGGAAAUGUCCACUCUCAUGUAGAUAAAUGUGAAGUAAUGCUGAAUUUUCUCUCACUUGUGGCCAUCUAUUGACACUACCUUGUCUACACCGCAGUGGAGCAGCUGCAGUCCCCUGUCAGCUUCUACACUGGAUACUUUCAGCCACAGUACUGUUGUGCAGUAGACAAAUGUAGCAAAAUGCAAGAUCAGUGUAAUUAUUUGUGCAGAUUGGUAUAAAAUAGACUAAAAUUGCAGGUCUGCAUGUAAAACGCUGUGUACUACUGCUUUAGACAGUGGUAUAGAUCACGGCUGAAACGUGUCCAGUAUAGACUGUGUGCAAGCCGAUAAAAACACAACUUUUUGAAAGCAUUCAUAAAUCAAAUUGGAAACACCAGUCUCACGUUGUAGUUUGUACAGGGAAAACUGAGCUGUUCCAAGGCGCUCAUGAAUGGCCGUCAGCCUUUGCAGACAUACACGAUAUACUAGCGCUAUAACUAGUGACACUAAAAGGCAUUUUCAAAUAUAUCUACAGCAAUGUGAUUAUGGCCUAAAUGUGUUGUUUUCCUUUUAGCUUUUAGUGACCAUCUUGGUUUCCUUCCCUCACCAGCAUCCAUCACUGGAGCUGAUCUGUUUUGAACAGAAUUUCUGAAGUAUAAACGAUAUUUUCAACCAUCAGAUAUGUGUGUUAACAGUUAUAUUUGUGUAAAUGGUUCAAAAAUGACUUUCCCAUAAACUCAUUGCCUUUUAAUGCAUUCUGUGGUUGCAUUUGAUAUAUUUAAGUUGAUAUUUUUUGUGUGUAUGUGUGUGUGUGCACAUGUAUGUAUGUUUUACCUAUGUAAGGGUUUGAGGGCUUACCCAUAAUAGGUUCUUCAUCAUUGUAAAAUGAUACUGAUUUUCACAAGGAUAAUCAGAUUUUACAUUGUAUGACUUCAUUGAGCAGCGUUUCGUAAUUAGGUUGAGAAAUGGUUAGUUGGAUCUCUUUUGUGUUUAUUAAUCUGAUGAAAUGCAGCACCUGUUCACGAUUAAUAUCAGUACCUUCCUGCCUCCUAUCUUUGUGUGGAGUCUCUUCUGCUUAGCGGAACUUGUUAGGAAUCCAUGUUUUAUGCAAAAACACGAAUCUGAAUUUCAUGUCUAUUUACUUAAAUUUCAAAAUUGAAAAAAAAAAUCAAUGACAUUGCCUGUACUUUGAGAUAUAUAUAUAUAUAUAUAUAUAUAUAUAUAUAUAUGACAGAGACAUUAUACAUGUGUAAUUUACUUGGUUGGAGAAUGUGUAAUUAUUACUGUGCUUCUGCUUUUACUUUCAUUGUCCAGGCAAAAUGUUCAAAAACUUCAGAAGUCUUUAGUUGCCGUUAAUAAGAAGAAAGCGAGACAUGUUUUAAACCUACUAUUGGUUUGUCUGCAGUUUAGGGGUUAAAAUUAAGAACUAGCUUUUAUAGAGUUUACAGUCCUGUUGCAGUAGAUCCGUAGUUAUUUUUUUAGUCAGAACUGUCUUUUUCCUUUUCGCGCCUCAUAUUAAAGGCUUUGUAUAUUAGAUGUAUAUGAAUAACUGGUUUUGUCAGUGACAUUGCACCUUAGCUUUGUAAACAUUAAUUUACCACUGGAUGCCUUGUUUUUCUGUAUAAAUCAAAGAAUGACCAGGACACAACUUGGGCAAGUAACUUCAGUCUCAGAAUCUGCUGCAUAUGUAUAAUUCUGUAUAUUUAAAAUAUUCCAGGAAAAUAUCCUUUACCCAGGAUUUUAAAACUGCUUUUGUAACAGAGCAAACUUAUAAUGUUCUUUGAAAUAAAAAAAAAUGUACCUUUCA